CAUCUGAUCGGAGGUGUGUGCGCUCGCGAAAUUUGACGCCGAACUGUGAUAAAAGGGGCUGACUUUUUCGAGUCCCUGACAUGGUGACAGUGUGGAGUUAGUCGGCCCGUAUCCAUGAGCACCACUUUGUACACCCUCAAUGAUAGUUUUUGUCGUCGCGGCCGCCGGCGGCUCGCAUUGAACCAUGUUCAGCAAAAAACUUCAUGUAGACGUCAAAAAGUCAACACUGAAGAUUCAGGAUGUUAAAAAGGAUAGCGCGACUCGGUUCAAGCAUCUUAAGAUCGUACUAGAACUUUCCUUCCACAUUGUGCAUAAAGCACAUAGGGAGGAAUUGGAACAGGUACUGCAACUCUUAGAGAAAGUUUUAACACUUCUCCCUGAACUUCUUAAUAGAAGAUGGCAAUGUCAUAGUUUAGCAAGAAUUUUGCAGAAACUUUUACAUCCUGGUAAUAGUUGGAAACUUCGCAGAGAAGCUAUAAGGUACUUUAUUUUGUGGUACCAAGCACUUGGUGAAAAUGCACCUGAACACAUACAUCAGAUGUUUGCAAGCUUGGUACCAGGGUUUCCACCCCAACAACCAUCUCCUUAUAAGUCUGAGCGUAGGAUAGAUGGGAGAAAAGAUAAACUUGCAAGGGUUAUUGGUUGUGAUGAUAAAGAUAAGAAGGAAUUUUAUGAUACACAACUAUCACAAAGUACUUUUCAUGACAAUGGUUCAAACCAGUGUCCUGUCACUCCAGUUGACAAUGGACCUAUUUUACCCCCACAAAGUGGGGAAAAGCCUCUUGAUAAUGAGACUGUUCGAUUUUUAGAAGCAUUACUUGAAUUUAUGGUUACUCAGGUUGUAAGGAUAGAAUGGAGAGAUAAAUCGUCACGACAGCACAAGACUUUUCAAUUUUUAUUAGAACGUUUUAAAGCUACGUAUCUUCGUCAUAUUUGUCCUGAGUUUGACGAUAAUUUCUCGUUGUACAAACCGAAUUUAGAAUUGCCUACGAUGCGUAAACAAAUGAAUCAGAGUUACGAUAAUUAUGUAUUAUGUAAAGUUGCUUUGAUUAAGUGGAUCGCUAGUUUUACCCAUAUCGCUAGAAAAGAUGCUCGUGUCGCACACCUUUCGCAUAGCACAACUCCAAAUGAGGAAACUACAGAGUCGGAACUCCGGCGUGUUUCAGUUACACAAAACGCUUCUGCUGACUCGACUUUACUGUCUCCUGAAUCAAGUGCAUCUCAGCAAGAGAAUCAAAAUCAAGAAGAUAGUAGUGUCUCAGCAGUUACUCUUGUUAGAGAAGUUCUAUAUGGUAACAGGGACAAUGUGAACCUUGUACACGAAUUGUAUAGACAAGCAUUUUUAUUGGAUUUUAAUCAUGCUGGUGCUAUAAGAAAGGCUAUAGCCGUUUAUAAAGAUUGGAUUCAGAUGAAUGAACUACCACCAUUUAUGUUAGAACCAUUAGAUGGUCACAAGGAAAGAGAUUUCGAAGAAAAUUCCAGGAAGGAUAUUAGUGAUUUUGACAAAAGUCCAUCUGAAACUUAUCGACAGACACGAUUAAGGAAUGAUUCUUACCUCGGUGCUAUACACAGAGAAAAUUUAUUUAUAAGGGCGGGAUUACAAAACGUUCUGCAAGUGUUCAUUACGCAAGCUUCUAAUGUUUUCUUCUUAGAAAAUAUUGGAGCGAAUGCAUCCCUUAUGUUACUUGAAGAACAGACAGAUAGUUGCAAAAGAGUAUUAAAUGUGUAUCGAUAUGUUGUAAUGAAUUCUAGAUUAGAACCGGGUACUUGGGAACAGUUGCUUAGGGUAUUAUUACAAAUCACAUCACUUGUUUUAAACGAGAAAUCUUCUCGACGCAAAGUUCAAGAAAGCAUCGGCGGCAAGCUUGCCCCUGCCAUAUUUCAGACUUUAAUCGUAACGUGGAUUAAAGCCAAUUUAAAUGUUGUUAUUUCUACGCAAUUAUGGGAUCAGUUUCUGGAAGUAUUGACGUCUUUAACGCAAUGGGAAGAAUUAAUACGAGAGUGGGCGAAAACGUUAGACACCUUAACGAGGGUACUUGCCAGGCAUGUGUACAACUUGGAUCUAAAUGAUUUACCACUGGACAGACUGAGUGAACAAAAAACUAAAAAACGUCGCGGUGUUGGGAGCCGAGCUGCUUCCACCGGAAGUGUUCAACCUCCACGCAAAGGAAGCGUCGAUCAAGAUAAUAGUACCGUAUCUAAGGAAAAUGUUACAGAUCACCCGAUGCGAGACCUGAGGAAAGUACGACCACUUCCUCGUAGUGCUAGCGAUAAUACGAUAUACAAUGCAAAAACACGUACAAAGCUUCAUAGAAAUCGUGCCCAUACCGUGCACAGCGGUAUUCCUGUACUCCCUCUAUCGAUAGAGCAAGACAUGGCGCGACUACUGUCAAAUGGUUCUGCAUCAUCGUCAAUAGUUGGUCGGAAAAUGUUACCCAACAGGCGUGCUAAGUCGUUGGAUAACAUUGUUAUAGUCGAUAGUGAACCACCAUCUCCACGUUGUCCGUCUCCAACGCCGAGCAGCGGAGUUGACAGCAACAAAGACAGUCCGAUACAGAUAGAGAAUAUUGACGGCAGCAGUAUCGAUACUAACGAUGCAUCGGAAAGGAGAUCUGUUAUGGCAGGUGGUGGUGUUCGUGGAUGGUUACCCGACGUAGCGGUUGUAUUAUGGCGUCGUAUGUUAUCAGCUUUGGGAGACGUGAAUAACAUUCAAGAUCCAAUCCUUCAUGGUCAAGUUAUGGAUUAUCUGGUUCAGCUUACACAGACACUUCUAAAAAUUCGUUUAAAUCAAGGUGUCUCUGGAGACAAUCAGGUAACCCCACCAGCUCCAGAACUUAUACCACCAUUGACAGUCAUUGCUCCAUGGUGUUUUAAGGCGAUACAACUUCCUAGUCAAUAUGAAGUUGGUAAAUUGGCAGCAUACCGUUUGAUCUGUCUUUUAACAGUACAGCCACAGGAUAUUAAUUUACCAAAACAACAUCUGACUCUUUUUUAUCGCGCAGUUCAUAAUGGUAUCGUUAGUAAUGACAGUAAAGUACUACACGUGUUGGUCAAGUAUACAGGCCCUAGGUUGUUUAGUUUAAAUCUUCCUGGAUCUAGCCUUUUAAUUUUGGAUUAUAUUCACGCUGCUAAUGUUAUAUUGAGCAGUCAGGAUAUUGAGGCACCAAGGAGUGAAGCCGUCUCGAUAAUUGGAUCGUUAUUAUCAUUACCCACCACUGCAGUUAAAUUACCUGUAUUACAACCCACUGCAACCGAUAUCGUAACUAUGACGUGUCCAGAUGCGAAGGAGCAUAUAAUCACGAUUCUUUUAAGAAGUUGUAGGCAGGAACCGACCGGUGUUGCAAGAUGCGUGGCUCUUUCGAGUAUUACUAUGUUUGUGUAUAGAGAAUUGUGCUACAAAAAUCAACAUUCGAGAAUUCCAGAAGCUGUCACGGUUCUUCUUUUAGCACUUAGAGCUAGUCAUGCCACUGUUGCUCAAGUGGCGUGCGACUCCCUUUUACUAUUAUGCGAUAAAGCGGACACCUUAUUAGAGCUGUAUCCGAAUGUGCCAUGUAAAAUAAUUCAAAUUUUAUCAGAAACACUUGGAUAUAUGAGUACUCGUGAACGACGCGGUCCUUUGACGGUAUCAAUGUUGUUCUGUUUGGGCGAGUGGGCUAUGCAUCUUGGUCCAUCUGUUCUAUUGCGAGUAUUUCAAGGAAAACCUCUUUUAAUGACUUUAUUCACGGUUUUAGACAACAUAGUGCAAGAUAAAAUCGGCAAAGAUGUAUCACAGUUAAAUAAAAGUCACGAAGAUGAAGAUGGCUAUUUCGAACCUGAUAUUACUCUGGACAAUUUAGCUGACGACACUGGCACGAAAUCACCGUAUCGGGGCAAUAUUCAGUCUGUCCAAUUAGCAGCAAAGAUGGUAAUGAUGCAUUUAAUAAAUCAUUUGGGACACUUUCCAAUGGGUAUUGGAGCCGCGCGAUUGUCUUCGUUAGUGGUCGAAUUAGAUGAUGUACCAGGAAUCGAUGGAGAUGAGUUAUCUUCUGCCAUUUUUCAUGCACCAAAUAUACAACUAUUAAUGUUAUCAAAUUCUGUAAUAAUGUCACUGGUUGAACUGGCAGCCCUGGAUGCUCCUGGAGGAGGUGUUACUGCAGGAUUAACAACAGCACCAUCGUUAGUUAGAGUCUUAUUGCGAGAUCUAGCUGGAAAAGCAUCUUGGGAUAGCUCUAUUUUAUACAGUCAACCGUUUGUCGAAGAUGACAUGCCUGUAGCAUUUAUCAAACAUGUCGAGUGGAAACCAAAAGUAUACGGAGAAGAUUUAAGCAUUAUUACACCUCAAACUUGUACACCUCGACAUACAAUAAGGCAUCGCGAGCCUCAUAUAUUGCCUACGUUUGCAAAUGCCGCUAGCGACAUGGACAAUUUGGAUGAUCUCUUACAAUAUAUAGGACACACAAGUCCGGAAGUAUUAACUAAUCCAGAAAUAGCACUUAAUGCGCCUGCUAAUCCACCACAAGGCCACUACCUCGAAAGUGAAACCAUCGCGACCAUUCUCAGUCAAAGGAACGCGGAACAAGAGCAUAUCAAUAAUUGGAGUCAACACAUCAGUAUGUGUGCGUCAGCAAUAAGCCCACCAUCGUGUCGUCCACCUCCAGCACCAUUUCAUCACUGCCGCCUUUUAUUUUCGCACUUGGGUUUAUCCGGAUGGGAACAACGUACAAAACUGCAUUUAUUAUCGAAAAAUGAGAAGCUUUUACGAGAAUUGCGAAAUCUCGAUAGUCAGCGAUCCAGGGAAACGCAUAAAAUAGCAGUAAUUUAUGUUAGUCAAGGACAGGAGGAUAAGAACUCCAUAUUGAGUAAUGUCACUGCUAGCAAAGAAUACGAAAGCUUUAUCGCGAGAUUGGCUUGGGAGGUCGAACUUGAAUCACAUACAGGUUUUCUCGGAGGUCUUGUGCCUGGAAAGGCGUCCGGUGUUACAGCGCCGUAUUUCGCCACGUCUUUUACUGAAAUUCUUUUUCACGUAGCGACUAGAAUGCCUUCCGAUAGUCCGGAAAGUUUAUUGCAAAAAACUCGACACCUUGGUAACGAUGAAAUUCACAUUGUUUGGUCUGAACAUUGGAGAGAUUAUCGUAGAGAUAUUAUACCAACUGAAUUUUGUGAUGUUCUAAUAGUAAUUUAUCCGUUGCACAACAAACUGUACAGAAUUCAGAUUUCUCGAAAACCAGAAAUUCCAUUCUUUGGACCCUUGUUUGAUGAAUGUAUCGUUGAGGAUAAAGUUUUACCCGGAUUAGUGAGAACAACGGCAUUAGCGGCAAGUAGGGCAAAACGGUCUACACUUACGUUGUAUCAACAUUAUUAUGAGGAAAGAGCAAGAUCUAUCGAUACUGUUAUGAGGAAUCACAAAGAAGCUACUACGUUCGAAGAAUUCACAGCCAAUGUAUACUCUCCCGUGCAACCACCGAGUCCGUUUAGUGGGGCUUCUUCCGUAUCUGGAUCUACAACAAGCGUGCAAUCCACAGCAUCGUCAAACCUCGCAGCAGCGCUUAUAGAUUCUCAUCAGGGUCGAUCUGGUCUGCGAAGUUCGUCAGCAGCCAGCAGUGAUAACCGCGCGAAUAGAGUCUUACACAAUCUAUUCAGAGUUUCCGACGGGAGCAGAGUAUGGUUUAGCAAUGACACACCAGACAGCACAGCACUUCAUGGAAUUUCGCCGAGACCUGUGAAAAAGAUGUCGUUCAAAACUGGACCGAAACAAAGGACAAACACUCAACCCACGCCACCUGAUAGUCCGAGAUAUAAAUAAGGAGUUUUGUACCAGUACCAUAAAGAAAAAAAACAUUUUUUGCACAAGAGGUUGUUUGGGCAUAUCCUAGACAUUAUAAAUUAAGGGAAUUCUUUAAGAUGCUACCAUGCGUUACAAUAACAUAAAGAGAUAGCCCACUGUUCUAUGCAUUGAAAGGUAGU